AUGUCGUUGGCCUUUUCUCCUGAUGGACGAUUCAUUGCUGCAAUGGGAUAUUCGGGGAUAUCACUGUGGGAUGUCAGCCCUAUAGCUCAGGACGGAUCGAUCACGCCCAUUGCCACUCCCUUGCAGCCCCUAGGAUCCGCUUCGGUCGUACCUGUAGGAGCUUGGGUCGAAUUCAAAGCUCCUCAGCGCCAGCUGCUCGUUUUUGGAAAUUUGGAGGGAAACCUUUCCAUCUGGUCCUUGGAGUCUGCAACUGAUACGCGCGAAGGCGUUAUGAAGCGAUGUCAUACCGUAUCGGCUGGCAUAUCGCUAACGGAAGGGGUGGUAGAUAACCACCGCUCGCAGCCCGUGUGCCUCGUGGUCGACAAGAGCAUCAUACACCAUCAAGCACAGACUGCUCGCAUCGCCUUAGCGAGUCUGGAUGGACUUGUCGCUGUAUUGCGGAUAACGGAAAGUGGAGCAACAGACUUAAUCUUCAAGAUGAAUAUUGCCACGGAUACCUUUCUGCCUAGGUCUGUGGCGUUCUCCAGGUCCUCGGACGAUAUCUUUGUCUUCUCCCUCCUGAAUGGUGCCAUGAAGCGCUAUGAUAUGGCCGGCAACAAUACCUGGAGUCGAGAUGACGGACCGCCCAUCAUGGCGUCUGUUAUCCUACUCGAUGAUCAGCGCGCCAUCGCCCAGGUCGGAAACGACUUUGCCUUAAUCAGUCCUGAAGAUGGGCGCGUUCUACAGGAGUACCAAGUCGGACCCAUCGCUGUUCAGUACCCGAAGUGUGUUAUCGUGGCAGAAGAUGACUCUCUGGUACGGGGGAUCAGACUUCAGGAGUUGCCUUACAAUGAUGGCUUGCUCGUGCAGGCAGUUUCGGCCUGCUCGGUGAAUGGCUAUCAUCUCGUAGCGGUCGCAGGUUCUACCCGCGAAAAGGAUUCCAGAGUUGCCGUAUGGCGCAAGACGCCCAUUGUACAGGAACGCCGAGGUGAUCCGUUGACAGAGACAACUGUUCAAGGAUCCGGAUUGGGCGUCCGGGCCAUUGGCAUAGUAUCGGCGAUACUUUGCAUUGUGCUCAUUCAAUGGCCUUCUGUACUCGAUGCUCUCAUUUCCCGGUAG